CGCGUGGGGUGAGACAGCGAUGGCCUGAGAAUACCUUCAAAAAUGGGUUGAGUUGGAACUGUAACCUCAAAAAGUAGAGACGUAAACACAUUUAUCAAAAUUCCUGAUUCACAGAAAUCCUGAUUAAGCCACUUCCAACGACCCUCUCUUCAAGCGAAUACCUAUGAAGAGUAUACAAGGCCCCCAAAGCCAGCAGAAGGUGGCGGACUAAAAGCAGCGUUUCAAACCAGGUCAACUCAAUCCCAAAAUAGCUCCUCUCGGAUUACACCCAAACAACGCUCAAGCUCUCCAAAACCGCCGGAAGGAGGGUUGAAACGGGCAUUUCAAGCCCGGUCUGUUCAACCAGAAGUAGCUCCCAAACCACCCGGUGGUUUAAAGGCUGCUUUCCACAGUCGGACUGCUCUCAAGCCUGAGCAGCCAACUUCAAACGAUGCGCCUCGUUUCGAUUUAGCCACAUCUUCAGCUGAUCAGCCUGCGUUUGGUGGACUUAAAGGGGCCUUCUUCAAUCGCCAAAUUAAUAAUCCAAUGGACCAGCCGUCUACUUCAGCAACAAAUGCCUCUGAGUAUCAAAAUGAUGUGGAGUAUCAAGAGAGUGAUGAUGAGGAAGAGUUCGAUGCGCACCAUCCAUCAAACUACCAUUCCAUCCAUAGGCUGAGUGACCUCAAUAAUCGGCAGGGAGGGAAUAAUUUGCAAAAAUCCUUUGAGGCCAGAACUGGCGGAACAGUUAGGAGGAAUCUUGGCAGAAAUAGUCAGACAGAUGUCUUGUUGGAGAAGCAUGCUAAUGUUAUCGUUUCGAAAAUGGAGCAAGAUGAGGCCCUGAUGGAAGACUCUCCAGAUGCUGAAGAGCUAAGAAGAACAGCUCUAAGGGAUAUGCCUCAAUGCCUCACUAUUAAAAGAUGCGUUAAAGAUAAACUCUCCAAGUCGGUAAGUAGGAAGUCCAAGCGGAAGGCUUUAAGCUGCUGGAAAAUGAUGAAAUAUCGCGCUAGCAUGAGUUUCACCAAGUUGAACAUGAAUAUAAAGGACUUGGCGUACUCAUUUGAACUGUGGUAUGCGCCGUUAAAGAAAAUAGAGGGAAACUUUGGCACGGGAGUUGCAUCUUUUUUCAAGUUCCUGCGGUGGCUGUUUUUGGUGAACUUUGCAAUUGCAACUAUUUGCACGAGUUUUAUUAUCAUUCCUAAACUAACUCGGCGCAAUGAAACCGCCGAUUCAGAAGACUGGAAGUUUGCGGACCUCAUAACUGGAGAGGGACACUUAUCAAACACUUUAAUGUACUAUGGGUUUUACACUAAUGAAACCAUUGGUAGUAAUUUGUCAUACAGCAUGCCGCAUGCAUACUUUUUCACAAUGCUGUCCAUUUAUUUUGUUUCAUUUGCUGUGAUUGGUAUUAGCGCCGCUAAAUCCUAUAGGAGAAGUUUCAUAGAGACAGAAGGAGGUUUGAAAAACGUGUUUGCAAAUAAGAUUUUCUGUGGCUGGGACUACAAUAUAGCCACCAAGGAUGCUGCCGAUCUGAAGAUCAAGGCCAUUUACAAUGAACUGAAGGAACUAAUCGGCGAAACCAAAAGACACAAGAAGAAAAGCACUUUUUACGACAAAUUCCUCGUUUAUGCCGUUCAAUGUUGCAUGAACGUGGUUGUGUUGUGUCUCAUAAUGGGAACAGCUGCAGCUGUUUGGUAUUUCCUCCAAAAUGUCACCUCAGAUAGAGGAACCCGAAUUAUUAUGGCGCCGAUAUUCGUUAAUGGAGUCAUGACACUAAUGCCAAUGUUUCUCAGCUUUAUCAUAAGGUACGAAGAUUACAAAAACCCCAAAAUAACGCUGUACCUAACAUUGGGGAGGACUUUUGUAUUGGGUGCAGUUACAAUCGCGGUUAUAGUAACAUAUUGGUUGCAAAAUGAUAGUAAAUCUCCAUGCUGGGAAACCUCAUUGGCCCAGGAGUUCUACAGAAUGAUCGUUUUCGACUUUUUUAUUUCUGUGAUAUGUUCAGCAGUCCUAGAUCUGCUGUUGUUCCUAUUUUACAAGUAUGUUCGAAAGGACGUCUACUUGGAGUUCGAUAUCGCCUGGAACACCAUGCAAAUAAUAUACAACCAAACCUUAUUUUGGGUGGGACUGGUGUUCUCCCCCUUGCUAGCAGUGGUUGUAGUAGUCAAACUAUUCUUAAUUUGGUAUAUCCGAUAUGCCAUUGUUAUGCAGUUGUGUAAGCCAUCGGCUAAGUCUUGGAGAGCUGCGCAAACGUCCACCUGGUUUCUGGUAAUGGCCUUUAUGAGCUUAAUGUGCAUUGUCGGAUUGGUUGGAUACAUCGUUUCUUACAUGCCGACGUCUAAGGAGUGCGGCCCUUUCAGAGACUACGACCACAUCUAUGAGAUUGUCACUUUGGGGGUUCUGCAACUGAAAGCCAACAGCACUGUUUGGUCGGUGGUUUUGUUCAUCACCAAGCCGGGCGUGAUUGCUGUGGCCCUUCUAUUUUUGUGUGCAAGAGUGUACUACGCUAGAGCUCAGGCCAAUGCCCAAAAGGAAAUUGUCAGCCAAUACCGCAGUAUGUUGAGGUGGUCAGCUAAGGAUAAGGAAUACUACUACUCGUUAAUAUCUCAAGCGACUAAAGGACGUACCGUCCUAGUCAUCCAGUUGGCACAAACUUGCCACCCCUCGAUUUAUCCAGUGCUUUUCCGGCAAAUUGCUGUUGAACGUGGUGUACAUUACAAAGUUGGUGGAAUGUCCAGUGGUCGACAAUAUUCCCCUUCUGGCACUCGUCUUAUAAACUGGACAAGUAUACGAGGGCGGCGGAUUGUACUGUGAUUUUUGGGCCGGUUUCAGCCACAUUAUUGGCACAACGUCGAAGAGAAUUUUCGGAAGCGACUCAGCCAAUACUCGGGUUUUCCGGUCCCAUCUUGCUCCCUCGAGAAACAGCCCCUAAUAAUAAAUCACACAGAUUCGAACAAUUCGGUUCAACUUGCCUUGAGCUGUGUGAAGUGAACUGCGGACUUACGUGAAUCAAUAUGCUAAAUUCCUGCUUUUCCUCAACUUGCUGCAUGGAAUUUAGGUAAUUUUUUUGUGAGAAAGUCAAUGUUUGUUGGAGUAAACAGUAAAAGUGCGAAAAACAGU